AUGUUGGGAUCGAGUAACACACGCCUCCCUGUGGGAAACAAGGACUUUACCAAUGCCACUGUUGUCAUUAUUGGCGCCGGCAUAUCGGGAAUGUGCAUGGCAAUUGAUUUGGUCAAACGGAACAAAACUCACAAUUUUGUUAUUCUGGAGAGAAGUAGCAGCGUGGGCGGAACCUGGAAUGACAACAAGUAUCCCGGCUGCUGUUGUGACGUCUGGAGCUCGCUCUAUAGCUAUUCCUUUGAACAGAAUCCCGAUUGGUCAAGAGAGUAUCCCGGACAAGAAGAAAUACAUGCGUAUCUCGUUGGUGUUGCAGAGAAAUAUGGACUCUACAAGCACAUUCGAUUCAAUUCCACGGUGGAAGAGGCCCGUUGGGAUGAAAUCGAGUCUAAGUGGAAAACAAGCGUCGUGGUAUCAGGGCAGAAAGACAGCGAAUUCUCGAACUCCUACGUUUUGAACUCCGAUUUCCUUGUCUCUGCUGUUGGGCAACUCAAUCUACCCCGAACCCCUGACAUCCCAGGCCUGGGAGAUUUCCAAGGGAAGAUAAUGCACUCUGCUCGGUGGGAUUGGAGCUACGAUAUGACUGGAAAGCGGAUCGCAAUCAUUGGGAAUGGAGCAACUGCCGCUCAGAUUGCCCCUGAAGUUGCUCGCGUUGCUUCCCAUCUCACUAUCUAUCAGCGGACGCCAAACUGGGUCAUUCCUCGCCUAGAUCAAACGGUAUCUACCCUUCAAAAGGCCUUUCUCCGAUGGGUUCCACCCCUGAAAUGGCGUAAGCGUGCGCUUCAAAUGGAAUUUCGCGAAGCUUUCUAUACAGCUGUCGCAGAUAAAGAUUCGGAUCUUUCGCAAUACAUUCGGACCUCAUGUACCGAGACGAUGAAAUCUCAACUGCCUAACCGACCAGAGCUAUGGGACUCGCUAACGCCCAGUUAUGCUCCGGGAUGCAAACGAGUCAUUAUUACAGAUGAUUAUUAUCCCGCUCUUGCCCGUGAAAACGUACACUUGGAGACACGGGGCAUCACAUCUAUUACGGAGUCCGGUAUCGAGGUCGAUGAGGUAGAUGAACAAGAAUACGAUCUUAUCGUCCUUGCUACUGGCUUCAGAACUGUGGAGUUCAUGCAUCCCAUCCGAAUUUAUGGCUCAAAUGGCCGGUCGUUGGAGGAUAUCUGGAAAAAUGGAGCAACGGCCUUUAACGGUGUUACCGUCGAGGACUUGCCCAACUUUGGAAUGCUCUAUGGUCCCAACACUAACCUCGGUCACAACUCCAUCAUUCUCAUGAUUGAAGCACAGUCGCGAUAUCUGAACACCCUAGUUAGGGAAGUGAUGCAAGCCCGUCAACAAGGAAGGACGCUGGCUCUCAAGCCAGAACCGGGUGCGCUGAAAAGCUACAACGAUAGAAUCCAGGCCAUUCUACGUGCUACCAGCUUUGCGGAUCCAAAUUGCAACAGUUGGUAUAAGAGAGAUGACGGGGUCAUUACCAAUAAUUGGAGUGGGACUGUGGUUGAUUAUCAACGUGAACUCUCGAAGGUGCAGUGGGAGGACUAUAUUGCCGAGGGAACCGGUAAAGACCGUGUGGUGAGCAAGGCUGCUACAAUAGUGAAGCAGGUUCAGGAGGAAAUCUUGAUAAGCAAUUUUUCUUUGCUUGUUGGCGCUAUGAGUUUGUUGUCGGCGACGGGUUAUUUUGUAGCUCAGUCGAAGCGGUUCAGAGCACACUGA